AUGGAGUCCUGUGCCGUAAAUGGGAAAAUGGUCAGGGAGAUGGGAGGGAGGUGUCAUUUGCAAAUGGUUGUCCCUAAGGCUAAAGUACCGGAUGUUCUACAGCUGUACCAUAGUAGUUCUUCAGGAGGCCACCUGGGAGUUAAACGAACUCUCCUGAAGAUCCGAGAACGGUUUUACUGGGUCCACUGUCGUGACGAUGUCGAGGACUGGUGCCGCAAAUGUACAAGUUGUGCGGCUGUAAAGGGACCUCAAAUUCGUAGUAGAGGCGCAUUGAAAUUGUACAAUGUUGGUGCACCAUGGGAGAGGAUAGCCAUUGACGUUGCGGGGCCGUUUCCAGAAACUGAAAGUGAUAACAAAUAUUUCAUGGUUGUUAUGGAUUACUUCACUAAGUGGCCAGAAGUCUUCGCCAUUCCAAAUCAAGAAGCUUCAAUAGUUGCAGAUAAACUAGUUCAUGAAAUCUUCUGUCGUUUUGGAGUACCUUUAGAGAUUCACAGCGGUCAAGGAAGGAAUUUUGAGUCUCAAAUAUUCCAGGAAACUUGCCGAGUUAUCAUAAUAUAG